AUGUCUUCGAUACAUGCAGACCCGCCGCCUCCGAUCGUGACAGAACCUGACGGAAUACAAUAUGCGACGGGACCGGCGCUAGGCAAAGGCGGAUUUGCCAUCUGCCAUCGGGCGGAACGAUACAAUGGCAGCAGUCCGACGGGACAGCUGGUCGCGCUCAAGAUUGUCAAAACGAAGAUGGAGCCUGCGAAGCUAGCGCAGAAGUUCGUGACAGAACUCCAAAUCCACUCGAAAGUGCUCCAUCCAAACAUCGUCACCUUCUAUCGCGCCUUCUCCUUCCAGACGAGCACUUACGUUGUGCUAGAGCUCUGCUCGAAUGGCUCCCUGGCGGACAUGCUGAAGAAGAGAAGAUACCUUACACUGCCCGAAAUACGACGAUUCGUGAUCCAGAUAUGCGGUGCUGUCAAGUACCUGCACCACCGACAUGUCGUCCACCGAGAUCUGAAGACGGGCAAUUUGUUUCUCGACGGCGAUAUGAACAUCAAAGUAGGCGACUUCGGAUUGGCAGCACUGUUGGUGACAGAGAAGGACAUGGAAGCGAAGCGGCGGACCACUAUGUGCGGCACGCCCAACUACCUGGCACCUGAGAUUCUGGAGAAGGGGAAGGGCCAUGACGAGAAGGUCGAUUUGUGGGCAAUUGGUGUCAUCGCAUACACGCUUGCAGUUGGGAAAGCACCGUUCCAUGCAACGACCAAGGACGAGAUCUACAAGAAGCUAAAGUCAGGCACAUACACGUGGCCCGAACUCAGCGCGACGACGAACCAAAGCUCCGACCUCAGGAAUCUUGUUGCGAGCUUGCUGGUUCCCGAAGAACAACGUCCGGUUCCCGAUCAGAUCGUCAGCCAGAACUUCUUCAAGAUCGCAUAUGUACCCGCAAGCAUUCCGGCCGGAGCGAGGGAGAAGACGCCCAAGUGGCCCGAUGUUGCUCUGCCUUCACCAGAGUCAAUACGAAGAGGCUAUACAGACACUUGGUAUGCUGUCUGCCGUGAAUCUGGCGUCGGCGAAUACGUAGAAGGACAAUGCUUUAAGCUACCCGGCGGAAAGGCGAGAAGCAUCAUAAACGACUUUCUGGCCGAGGAGCAGAUGGGAGGGCAGCCCACUAUGCCUCUUCCCAAAGGUCUGGUAUACAGAGGUAGAGCCCUUCCCAUGGAGGCCCCCGAGCGUGAGGUGUGCCAGAGAUUUGAGGUGCCGCAUGUCAAUGACUCUCGCCCGUUGACUGGUCAUCAGGUCCCAGAGACUUCAGCGGCCGCCAGAUUACCGCCUGUGGCCGAAGAUCGGCCUUCAAGUAGCCAGCGACUCAAGGAGAUCUCGGACAACAUCCGCAUGCCACCCCCAGCGCGGCCGAACCGAACAGCCACUGUUAGGAAGGCCGCCAGAACGAUCAGCGAGGAGGCAGCGAGGGCGGAGAACGGGCUCAGGGUCGCGUCCGACGAGGCUGGUCCUUCGAUGUCUGUCCGCCUUCCGAAGGUUCGCCAGACUGCUGCACCACCUGUCGUCCCAUCUUCGGCCAACGCGACGAUGGAGAAGCCGGCGCGGACACGCACGGUGAAGCGCAGCGCAGAUGCCAGCCUCGCACGGCGACCGAGACAGACGAAGCCAAAGGAGCGACCACGAUCGCCUGAAGACCCGGGUCCACUCGCCACUCUCGAUGAAUUGAAGCAAGUCUCUCCUCUUCGGAAACCAAGACACAAGGCAGCGGAUGCCGAAGUCGUUGAGAUCUUGUCGGAUCCAGAACCUGAAGCAGAGCCCGAACCAGCGCCUGCACCUGCAGCCUCGUUCAAUCCAGCAGACGCCAUCCUGUCGCUACCACCUCCCCCUCGAAUGACUGCCAACAGACUCCCGGUGCCUCGAAAGACGAGCUCAAGCUCCACAAACUCCGAUCCAGACACAGUGACCGGCACCGACCCGAACGCCGUCCUCGAACGCCUGAACACAUUCCGCUCCAAUGUCUCAGCAGCCCUCUCCAACACCACCAACACACGCACUUCUUCCGCCGACGCAGCAUCCCUCCCCUUCAUCACCCGCUGGGUCGACUACAGCCGCAAACACGGCGUCGGCUACGUCCUCUCCGACGGCACCGUCGGCUGCAUCAUCAACGCCGCCUCUCGCAACGGCAGCAGCGCGCCCGUGACGCACGUAGUCGUCCGGAACGGGCAGAAAUGGCUUGCGAAAGUCGGCAAGAACUCUGAGCGCAUCGACGCGGUUCCGCUUGAGAUUCUGGAGGAUUGCGGAAAGCGAGGGAUCAAGCGGAAAGUGUACAAGGAGCUGGGGAGCGUGAAGGAGGGUCCACUCAUGCAGGAAGCGGAGCGGAGGCGGACGCUGCAGGUGCUGUGGGUCAAGUUUGGACGGUACAUGUGCCAGACGCUUGGGGGCGAGGAGGCGGAGGGUAGCGCGAAGAGCGAUAGUUUCGUGCGGUUUUACCAGCGGGUUGGCAGUGUGGGGAUGUGGGUGUUUGCGGAUGGGUGCAUACAGGCGCAUUUCCCAGACCACACCAAGCUCGUCCUCUCCCCCACCGGCACGGACAUCAGCGCCACCUGCAUCUCCCCCGAAGCCGUCAGCUACCUGUCCACCAACGGCGACUUACUCCCGCACCACGUCAGCAGCAGGGAAGUGCUCGCCGAUUCGCUCUCUGCUCUGCUGAACGAAGGCGGACGGGUGAGAGCGAGGAUCGUCAAAGCGAACGCGAUCAAGGAGAAGUUGGAGUUCUUGCAGGUUGUUGUUGGGCAGUGGGUUGAGGGUGGGGGGUUUGGGAGGGGGGACGUGGACGGGGUGAGGUGGAAGGGGGUUGGUGGGGGGGAGGCGAAGCAGGGGCAGGCGGGGGUUGUCACAGUGGGGAGGUACGGGGGUGAUGUUGCUCUGGUGUGA